UCGGCGUGAGCGAACGCACCCAAAACAAACAAAUGAAUUAUGCGGUAAAGUCAGCUGUUGUUUUGGUGUUAUUAAAAAUCCACAAUAACUAUGUUAAUACCGUAUUGCGUGAAUGAAGCAUCCGAAAAUUGAAUAAUUCUAUUUUCUGUUGUGCAACAAAUGAUGGCAAUGUGGAUUUGCUAGAGAUAUAUACUUUUCUACUCUUCAGAAUGGAGACAAGUAAAAGAAAACACGGCUGGAUUGUGAGGCAUUCGAAAUCGAGGCCUGGAAAGAUGUACUAUCAUAAUACGCUUACGAGGCAGAGCACGUGGACUCGGCCCGAAGAAUUCGUCGAGAGAGACAUCCAGUCUUCUAAGGUGUCCCCAGAAAAAAAAGGGCACAAAAGGCACAGAGGGCGGUCUUCAACUAUUUCAUCAACAUCUACGACUGGUGAAGCCACUGAUGAAGUCACUCAGCAGGUUGAAUCAAAUGAAUAUUUGGGAGUUGCCACUACACGGGAAAUAUUAAGUGCUAGACGAUCUAGCCAGGAACAUAGUAAUCCCACAACGGCGGAGAGUUCUGAAACCAAGCAGGAAAGUUCGAACUCUCUCCAGGGCAACAAAAUGAGGAAGACAAUCAAGGCUGUAAGGAGAAAGACCAGAGAGGGUGAUCAAGAUGCAUUGGCAUCUUCUCAGAUUGUCAGCACCUCAAUGAGGAGUGAAGAAGGUGUUGACAAUAAUCAUUUCGACACACCUAAUAGGGUCUUAAAGUCACCAACAGCCGGUAAUGAGAAAAUGUCAAAUAAACAAGCAGAACCUCGCCACCUCAAGGAAACCCCUCCUAGUUCAAGUUCUCUCCUCUCCUCUCUCCCUCCUGGGCCAAUUCAAUCAAGAAAGAGGAGAUACUCUAAAAACCUUGCUGAAGAUAGGCUUCACACUCUCCAGCAAAAAUUGAAGGAGGAGCGGGAAUCAAAGCAAGAAGUGUCACAACAUCAAACCUGCCUUGAUUCCAAGGAAAGAAAAAUAGUUGAAAAAAACUAUGAACCUAUGGACUUUGAAUUUGAAGUUAUUAAUAAUAUUGGAGAGCUACGCCAACAAGAUGCUGGAUUACAGCUGACAAAGCAACCUAUUUUCAUGGAUAUGGACAUAGAUCAUUCAGUAAACAUUGCAGAACCUGAGCUAACUUUUUACGUAGUUUUGGACACAAAUAUUCUUCUGUCGCACCUAAAGUUUGCUGAAGAACUUCGUGAUACUGUGGUUGCAGGUAAAGGACCGGUUCACUUAUACUUGCCUUGGCAAGUUCUUCAUGAACUGGACCACUUAAAAGAUAAAGGAAAGACCAGCAUUCAACCUCUUGCGCGCAGAGCAAUAAAUUAUCUACAUCAAAAUUUCUCAUCAAAACACCCACGUGUUUGUGGCCAGAAAAUAAGGUGUGCAACUGAUGACUCAUCGAACUCCUCCCCUGAUGAUAAUAUAUUAGAGGCUUGUCUUCAGUUAAAGAGGCAGGGUUUUACAAACGUUGUUCUCUUGUCAAAUGAUGUAAAUCUAUUAAAUAAAGGACUAGUGAAUGACAUCCAAGCUCUUUCCAAAGAUGAAUUUGCCCAGCAGUUGUGUGUAAACAGUACACACAUUUCAGCUGGCAGUACUGCCUCUCAGAAUCUACCAGAACCUACCCUUUCAGAUGAGGUAUGUGCUGGAAACAAUAAUUUUAAAACAGAUGUCGUACUAAGUGAGAUGAAAUCUGUUUUAAAAGAUUUUUUUACAAAGAUUGUGUCUAAGGGAAUGGAAGAAGAGUAUAAGUAUCUUUGGGAGAAGCGGACAAUUAUACCACCUCCCUGGAAUGUUGAACAAGCUUUACAGUGCCUUUCUUACCAUUGGAUGGCAAUAUGUGGUAGCUUUAUCCCACAAGUUGUUAAAAAAUGUACUGAGGAUCUGAAACAUUUCUUCAAAGUAAAAGCCAAAUGUGAUAGGAUUACUGUUGCAGACCUUAAGAGCGGGAUUGGGCUUGCUGAAUCUUUGCUUGAAUCUAUUCCUAAAAAGUACAAGAGUAUAGUUGUCCCUGCCCUCCAAAACAUUAAGACCAUGCUACUGAAGUUAGAUGAAGCUUUCAGUCCAAGGAAAGAUGAAUCUUGUACAGCGUCUACAGAGAAAUCUGAUUUUAAGUAUUCAACUUUACUCACAUGCUUUGAGGAAGCUCUUAGUGCUGCACGAAGCCUCUGUGAUCCUAUCGCUGUGUCUCAGCCAGAUUGGAGGAUAAAUGUUGGAUGUAUGAUUGAGGCUUUGCAGAAACUUACUCAUCUUUUAAACUUAUUACUUCAGACCACAUUUGAAUCUUUGAGUGACGAGCACCCAGUGGUGGUUGACCUGGUUAAACUAAUCAAGGGGAAUCAUCAGAUAAGCGCUCAAGACCUCAUUAAUUUUAUUAAAGAAGAUCGUAACCGAAACUUGUUGGAGGUUGGAAUACAACAGUUUGAAGAUGUUUCCACUCAUUUGACAAAAAUGGCUCACUCCAAUAUUAUUUUGUAGGAAUGAUGUGAUGAUGAUUUAAAGAUCAUCAUGGCUGUGAUGUUUUUUAUAUAGAUUAUAUAAUAUGAUGUUAUACAUUUGAUAGGGAUCCUUCCCCUCUCCUGUUUUAUACAUUUUAGUCAUUCUGAAAAUCAUAUCAACUCUAAUAAUGAAUAAUGAAAUGUACUAUCAAUUUUAAGUAUGCUAAUAUAAGUUCAAACAAGGUAUUCUAUGUGCCAAACAAUACAUUAUUCAUAUUUGUGUAGUGUUAUGAUGAUUGUUUUGCUGUGCUGUUCCCUCAGGUUUGUUAUGAAUUUUACCAUGUCCAACACUUAUUGUUUAUUGGUUUAGAGUAUUUUUGUAAUCAAAUACUGUUCUAUAAGGAUUUUACAAUCAGCUCUGCUGCUUAUUUUUUUAAACUUGUAUUUUGUCUCAAGAGACUGAUAUUACAACUUUGAUAAUCAAUUUUA